AGUAGUGGCGCUGGUGAGCGACAAGUAGCGAAAGGUGUUGAGGGUUUCUGAAUGUGAAAGAGUGAGGAGGAAAGACGUGCGGUUAGGGAGGCUGCAAGAAGGGGGGAAGUGACGGGUCUGCUUGAAAAGAAAGAAAUGUCGGAGAGGAUCGCUUCAUCAUGUGGAAACCUUUAUGACACCACGUCACUCCUUCUCCAGUACUGCAAAGAUGACAACGUGUCGGCGGGCAGCACCAUGGAGGUGGACGACCGCCUGUCUCAUCUGGAGCAGCGUGUCCAGUUGCAGGAGGAUGAGCUCCAGCUGCUGAAGGCUGAACUGGCCGACGCGCUGCGCAGACUGGGCUACUGUGAGGAGCUGACCCAGCCUGGGGCCGGAGCUGGGGGGAGGAGGCCUACCGUGGCCCCACCCACCAAGAUGCGCCAACUCCUGCAAGCCUUACCAUCCAAGCCUCUCACUCUCAGCAAUGGUUAUGUCCAGCAGAAACGUAUGGGGGGAUACCCUUCCUCCCCCUCUUCUCCCAAAAAGGAAGUGUCGCUGUCAAUCAAAAGAAAGAGCAUGUCGACAGAGCGUCUCUCCACAGCCAGGAGGGAGAUGGUGUCUGACAGCAGAAGCAGAACCACCUCGUCCAGCAGCUCCGCAUGUGGCAGGAGCAGCAAAGAAUGCGCUGUCAAUGCAGAGGAUGGCUAUGUGAGGAUGUUCCUGAGGGGUCGGCCAGUCACCAUGCACAUGCCUGACCAGAAGAGGGACAGCUACAGCCUGGAACACAAGGGGGCGCUGCCUGAGCACAAGCUCAAACUGCAGUGGGUGUAUGGGUACAGGGGCAGAGACUGCCGUUCCAACCUCUACCUGCUCCCCACAGGGGAGAUAGUCUACUUCAAUGCCUCCGUGGUGGUGCUCUACAAUGUGGAGGAACAGCAGCAGAGACAUUACCUGGGCCACAACGACGAUGUCAAAUGCUUAGGCAUCCAUCCAGACAUGGUCACCAUAGCCACUGGACAAGUCGCCGGAACCUCCAAAGAUGGCAAGCUGUUAGAGGGCAAGCUGUUGCCUCCUCAUGUGCGUGUGUGGGAUUCGGUCAGUCUCAAUACCCUGCAUGUCAUUGGGAUGGGCGUCUUUGACCGGGCGGUCACCUGUGUGGCCUUCUCCAAGUCGAAUGGUGGUGCUCAUCUCUGUGCCGUCGAUGACGCCAAUGACCACAUCCUGUCUGUGUGGAACUGGCAGAAGGAGAAGCAGCUGGCGGAUGUGAAGUGCUCCAAUGACUCAGUGCUGGCCGCAGCCUUCCACCCCAUGGACGCCAACCUGAUCGUCACCUGUGGGAAGUCCCACUUGAACCUCUGGACCAUGGACGGGAACACUCUCACCAAGCGCCAGGGGCUGUUUGAGAAAAACGAGAAGCCCAAGUACGUGCUGUGUGUGGCCUUUGCUGAGAACGGAGACACCAUCACAGGAGACUCCAGUGGGAACAUCUUCGUCUGGGCCAAAGGUGGGAACCGGAUCAGCCAGGUGGUGGCGAGAGCCCAUGAGGGCGGGAUCUUUUCCUUGUGUGUGCUGAAGGACGGUACACUGGUGUCCGGUGGAGGGAAGGACCGCAGGAUGGUGCUCUGGGACCACGACUAUAACAAGCAGAGUGAGAUGGAGGUGCCUGAGGCGUUUGGGCCAGUGAGAGCCGUGACUGAGGGGAAGCAGGGGGAGCUGUUAGUGGGGACCACCAAGAACACCGUCCUUACAGGCUCUUUCCCUGAAACACUCAACCCUAUAGUACAGCUUUUUCUGCACACGCAAUACCCUUUCUCUAUCAUCUCACCUCUCUCGCCUCCUCUCUUAAUCUCUCAGGGUCACACAGAUGAGCUGUGGGGUCUGGACAUCCAUCCUUCCAUGGAGCAGUUUGUGACUUGUGGCCAGGACAAGCAGGUCCACCUAUGGGACACCAACUCCCAUCAGCCUCUCUGGAGCAAGACCAUCGAGGACCCAGGGCGUUGUGCAGGGUUCCACCCCAGUGGAGCUGUGCUGGCAGUGGGGACCAUGACAGGAAGGUGGUUGGUGCUGGACGCUGACACCCGAGACCUGGUGUUCAUGCACACUGAUGGCAACGAGAUAAUCUCUAAUAUCAAGUACUCCCCAGACGGCAACUUCCUAGCCGUAGGUUCCCAUGACAACUUUGUUUACAUCUAUGCCGUGAUGGAGAAUGGCAAGAAGUACAGCCGCGUGGGGAAAUGCACUGGUCACUCCAGUUUUGUCACCCAUCUGGAUUGGUCCGUCGACAGCCAAUACAUCGUAACCAACUCAGGAGACUACGAGAUCCUAUUCUGGGAAGCUUCAAGCGGAAAACAUGUGACGAGCAUGGACCUAGUUCGUAAUGUGGAGUGGGCAACCUCCACUUGUGUUCUAGGCUUCAGUGUCUUUGGCGUUUGGCCUGACGGUGCUGACGGCACGGACAUCAACGCCGUGUGCAGGUCACAUGACUCCUCCCUGCUGGCCUCUGCUGACGACUUUGGCAAAGUGCACUUGUUCUCCAACCCCUGCUCCCAGCCAAGGGCCCCAAGCCAUACCUAUGGUGGCCACAGCAGCCAUGUGACCAACGUUGCCUUUCUCCACGACGACAGUCACCUGAUCUCCACCGGAGGGAAGGACACCAGCAUCCUCCAGUGGGUGGUCGCCUAGACAACCCUGCAGCAUCAGUCUCCACCGUCGCCUCCUGCCCACCAGAGGGCAGCAAUGCUGUGCCUAUAAAAACACCCACCUUUAACCCUCUCCUCUCUGCACAUAUGUUUGAUGGUACUGUCCUGAGGUGCCACUAGGUGGGGCACUGACUUCAGAGAAUAAGCAUGUCGAGACUAUUUUAAGGCUAUUUAAACACAGUUGUAGCUGCUAUUUAUGUUGCAAAGGUCUAUAGAGGUAUAUCUGAGUGGCUGUGGUAUUCUAAUAUUAACUGUGUUGUGGUGGUGUGGCACCUAGCACUUAAUACAUAUUUAGGAGUAAGCUUAAGCUGUGCUUUGCCUUCGUUUUGUUAAUAAAGUUUCUAACCCAAUCA